CAGUCGAAAAUACAAAAAGAAAAAAGAGCAGCAACGAAAUCCUGCCGUGUGGCACAUCAUCCGCGAGGAUAGCGGUGAAGAUUUUGACGAAUUGGGCGAAUUCAAGUCAUCAGAUUUCCCCGACGCUGAUAGCGAAAAACUGAAAAAGAGUGUUCCGUUUAGCUGGUUCUCUGCACUAAGAAGCAGAGCAGUGGCCAAGUUACUAAGUAAAAUAGAAUCUAAAUGGAGGAAGGAACACCGAACCCACACUCAACUCUCUACGAGGCCUACAACGAGCUUCACGGUCUAGCUCAGGAGCUUGAGGCUCCCUUCGACGCGCCGGCGGUGUUAGUCGUCGGACACCAAACGGACGGCAAAAGCGCGUUGGUCGAAGCAUUGAUGGGCUUCCAAUUCAACCACGUCGGCGGCGGAACCAAGACCCGCCGACCCAUCACUCUCCAUAUGUCCUAUGACCCUCUUUGCGAUGUCCCAUUGUGUCAUCUCGUCUCCGAUGUUGACCCCACUGUCCCCCACGAAAAAUCUCUCGCCGAUAUUCAGGCCUACAUUGAAGCUGAAAAUAUGAGGUUGGAACGUGAGCCAUGCCAAUUCUCUUCUAAAGAAAUCAUUAUUAAAGUGAAAUACAAACACUGUCCGAAUUUGACUAUUAUAGAUACUCCUGGGCUUAUCGCUCCUGCUCCAGCUCGGACGAAUCGUGCUUUGCAGAGCCAAGCACGUGCGGUGGAGUCCUUAGUGAGAACAAAGAUGCAGCAUACAGAAUUCAUUAUAUUAUGUCUUGAAGAUUGUAGUGACUGGAGUAAUGCAAUGACAAGAAGGGUUGUAAUGCAAAUUGAUCCAGAGCUUUCAAGAACUGUCAUUGUCUCUACCAAGCUUGAUACCAAAAUUCCUCAGUUUGCACGUUCUUCUGAUGUAGAAGUUUUUCUCUCUCCACCUGCAUGUACGCUUGAUGGAUUCAUAUUGGGGGAUUCUCCGUUCUUUACAUCAGUGCCUUCUGGAAGAGUUGGUUCUGAGCAUGAUUCUGUUUACAGUUCAAAUGAAGAGUUUAAACAGGCAAUAAUAUCUAGAGAGGUGCAAGACAUAGCAUCUUUGGAGGAGAAAUUAGGUCGGCAAUUGUCAAAGCAAGAAAGAAGUAGAAUAGGUGUAAGCAAACUUAGGCUUUUUCUAGAGGAAUUGUUACAGAAAAGGUAUAUGGAUAGCGUUCCUUUGAUCAUUCCACUUCUUGAGAAGGAGUACCACAUCACAACAAGAAAGUUAACUGAAAUAAAUAAGGAACUCAGCACUUUGGAUGAAGUGAAAUUGAGGGAAAGAGGAAGAGCUUUUCACGAUUUAUUUCUGACCAAGUUGUCAUUGCUUCUGAAAGGGACAGUUGUUGCGCCUCCAGAUAAAUUUGGACUCAUUACAGGUGAAACUCUAGUAGAUGAGAGAGGUAAUGGAGGAGCAUUUGUGGGUGCUGAUGGUCUUCAAUUGCCACACAAGAUAAUACCUAACUCCGGAAUGCGUCUUUAUGGAGGUGCACAAUAUCAUCGUGCCAUGGCUGAAUUCCGAUUCAUUGUGGGAGGGAUAAAAUGCCCACCAAUUACAAGGGAAGAAAUUGUCAAUGCUUGUGGUGUUGAAGAUAUUCAUGAUGGAACAAAUUACUCAAGGACAGCCUGCGUUAUAGCAGUUUCUAAGGCUCGGGACACUUUUGAACCUUUCCUCCAUCAGUUGGGUUGUAGGCUCUUGUACAUUUUGAAGAGAUUACUUCCUAUCUCUAUAUAUCUUAUGCAGAAAGAUGGAGAAUUUUUAAGUGGCCAUGAGGUAUUUCUCAGGCGAGUUGCUUCUGCUUUCAACAACUUUGCUGAAUCUACUGAACGAGCUUGCCGUGAGAAAUGUUUGGAGGAUUUAGUGAGCACAACCCGUUACGUAUCCUGGUCCCUCCACAAUAAGAAUCGGGCUGGGCUACGUCACUUUUUAGACUCAUUUGGUGGAAACGAGCCAUCCAGUGUAGCAGCCAAUUCCAUACCUCCUGGAAAUUCCCAAGAGUCAUUGACUGGGUCCGUUGCUGCAGAGAAGCAUGACACCAAGCCAAGAGCAGAUAUAAAGCUCAGUCAUAUUUCCUCGGGCAUUGAUUCAUGUUCUUCUGCUCAGACAGCAGAAACAAAGCUUGCCGAUCUUCUAGAUAACACACUUUGGAACCGGAGGCUUGGUCCUUCGUCAGAAAGGAUUGUUUAUGCAUUAGUACACCAAAUAUUUCAUGGCAUAAGAGAGUAUUUUUUGGCCUCUGCUGAAUUAAAGUUCAACUGCUUUCUUCUAAUGCCAGUGGUGGACAAAUUACCUGCACGUCUCCGGGAAGACCUGGAAUCUACAUUUUCUGAUUACAUGGACAAUGUGUUUGACAUUAGCAAUCUGCGGCACUCUUUGGGCCAACGAAAGAGAGAUACAGAGAUUGAGCUCAAAAGGAUUAACAGGCUCAAAGACAAAUUCAAGGUAAUACAUCAGCAACUUAGUUCGUGUCAGAAAAUACCAUGUUUGUCACCUGCAUCUACUCAUUGAUUCAGGUCCAAUUUUGAGAACAUAAUCGACUGCUUUGGUGCAUGCAUGCAGAUGCAGUUGCUUGUUUGAAAAUGACAUGGAUAUCUUUAAUUAGACGCGUGUAUGUAGUGGAUUAUCCGCUUGUUGGAUCCAAAUUGAUUAAUUCAAUCUUUAGCGAAGAAUUAUUUAAUCUCA